AUGCCUUGGACAGUGGAUCCCAAUGUAGUGGGAUCAGCCAGUCAAUGGGCAACCAACACGGCUUCGAAACUAUUCCACAAAAUGGCGUUACAGAAGAAGCCUGUAUUGACCGUAUCAUUGGGACCAGAGAUCAUUUUUUAUGGCAUCAACACCGACGCAACCAACAUUGAAUGGAACGCUUUGUUCAGCAUGGAUACUUCCAGCAGUAGUCGUAUACAUCAAAUCAAGUGUGCGCCAGGCACAGUGGCAUUGGUGACUGGUCAAGAUCACAAAACCUUGUCUAUUUGGAUGGAAAUACGAUCAGGCGUAGCACCCAGCUGUGUCAAGACAUUUGAGUUUGAUGAGCCUGUGCGUGAUAUUGCUUGGAAUGUUACUUCAGAUGCUCAGUUUAUCCUAGCUAUUGCAUUUCCCAAGAGUGUCGGUAUCUUUGGGCAAAAGAGAGCAUCGAACAAUGCAAACAAUGAUGAUAUCUGGGCUUGGUAUACUACAUUCAAGGUGGAUACGUGA